GGUGGCCGGCGUGUGUGUGUGUGUGUGUGUGCUUGUAUGGGGAUGCUCUUAAGGUCCUACUCCAAGACUAUCCCUCAGAGUUGCUCUUAAGGACCUUCUCCAAGACUAUCCCUCAGGGCUGCCCUUGAGGUCCUACUCCAAGACUAUCCUCAGAGUGUCCACUGCUAACAUGACAGCUUCCAUCAGAGGCGUGACGGUGGUGGUGACGGUCGUGACGGCGCUGGUGAGGGUGACGGUGGGAUCAGGGGUGUCUCUGGACUUCUCCCAGGUGAAGGACCCCCAUCACCUGCAGGCGUUGAAGGAGUUCACCUUAUCUGCCUUCCUCGCCGUGCCCUCCACCACCACCUUCACUCUCAUCAUGAACCACCAUGCUAGGAUGGGCAUGUCUCACCUGCUACACCACGCCGGAGAGGACCUGGGUAACACUACACAGCAGAAGGCGCAGCAGGGGCAGAGACAGCAGCAACAGCAGGAUUAUCUACAACAACCACACCUACAAGAACAGUUACAACCACAGCAACAACGACAACUCCAAGAGCAAGAACAAGUACAACUACAAGAACAGCAACGGGAACAGUUACAACAAGUCCCUGGUCAGGAGGUUGAAGGGGUCCGUCUACCACGCUUGGAGUUAUUCAGUGGCCCUCCGCCGGUUCUGGGAGAGUUAUAUGGCCCUCUUCUGCCGGUUCUGGAAUACUUACAUGGCCCUCAACCGGUUCUGGGAGACUUACAGGAUCCUUAUUCGGUUGUGGGUGAGCUACAUGGCCCUCAACCGGUUCUGGGAGACUUACAGGAUCCUUAUUCGGUUGAGGGUGAGCUACAUGGCCCUCAACCGGUUCUGGGAGACUUACAGGAUCCUUAUUCGGUUCUGGGAGAGCUACAUGGCCCUCAACCAGUUCUGGGAGACUUACAUGGCCCUCAACCAGUCCUGGGAGACUUACAUGGGCCAAUACUGGUUCUGGAAAACGUAGAAGGCUCUCUGCUUAGUGUCAAUGACUCUGACAGCCAUUUGCCUGACGUGGAGGACCCAGGAACUCAUCUGCCUAACGUCCAGGACCCAAGAACUCGUCUGCCUAAUGUACAGGACCCAGGAACUCAUCUGCCUAAUGUACAGGACCCAGGAACUCGUCUGCCUAAUGUACAGGACCCAGGAACCCGUCUGCCAAACGUAACACUGGACCCAGAAACUCGUCUGCCUAACGUACAGGACCCAGGAACCCGUCUGCCAAACGACCCAGGACCCGUCUGCCAAACGUACCAAACUCGUCUGCCUAACGUACUGGACCCAGAAACUCGUCUGCCUAACGUACAGGACCCAGAAACUCGUCUGCCUAACGUACUGGACCCAGAAACUCGUCUGCCUAACGUACAGGACCCAGGAACCCGUCUGCCAAACGUACAGGACCCAGAAACUCGUCUGCCUAACGUACAGGACCCAGAAACUCGUCUGCCUAACGUACAGGACCCAGGAACCCAUCUGCCUAACGUACAGUUCCCAGAAACUCGUCUGCCAAACGAAGAAAAGCUUCGAGCCCUUCUGCCAGACGUGAGUGAGGAGACCCUGGCCAUAGUGAGAGUGAUACUGACGGAGAACACGCCAGGGCUGGUACUCGCCCCUACUGAUGAGGACUUCGACGAGGCCCUCGAGGUGAUGUACGCUCUCAGAGCUCGUCCCUGGCAUCGUGAUGAGGGCAUUACACCCCAACCUAAGGUCGAGGAUCUGGAAGACGCUGCUCAGAGGUUACCUGAGGAGGUAGUUAAUCACUUGCAGGUGUUGACCACGGAGGAGGAGGCCAUGGAAGGCUCCAGGAGGAGCCCAAAGAGUGCCGCCAACACCAUGAAGGUCGACCUCCAACACUUGACGCAGAUGAUGUCGACUGUGUUCUCCGCCACUAGGAACCAUGACUCUGCGCCCCUCAACAAGAUGGCUGUCUCUGCAUACAUCAGCCAGAAAUUUGACUCUUUUGGACUGAUGGUGGUGGAACACGUCUUCUCCGCGGCUGAAUAUAUUCUCUGGUACAACGAGCCGAUGGAGGGAAAGAAUAUAAUUGGCAUCCUUCCUGGGCGUCUGUGGGGGACACCUGAGGACACUCCCAUGGUCUUGGGCGCUCACCUGGACACUGUCGCUGGGACACCUGGCCUCAAUGACAACGGCUCUGGCCUCUCAGCGCUGGUGGAGGUUGCGAGGGUGUUGGCCUCUAGCGGAUGUUCCUUUAAGUUCUCUAUUUUCUUCGUCGCCUUUGAUCUGGAGGAAAUAGGCACUCAAGGAUCACUCAUGUUCAUCAAGGACUACCUGGUUGGGGCUGUCAUCAACCAGUUUGGCCUCACACAGGUCACCGGCGCCUUCAUCCUCGACUGUGUCUCAAACUGGGACCCACGACCCGAUACCCAGGAGUUCCCAGAGACCUGGAAUGACCUUCUGCCUGAAACUCACCAGAGUUUACGUCAAAGAAACUAUACGGGAGAUUUUGCUGCUGUUAUCUACCGCUCUCAAGUAGACUCUCACCUUGCACACAGGUUAGCGCUGUACUAUGAAAAGCUGGGACAGGAGCAGUACAGACUAGAGAUGAUGGGUCUGGAAGGGCUGGGGGCUGACCUACCCAAAAUGGCCGUCUUACAAGACCACUUCGACUUCAUCCGUUCAGAUCACAUCCGUUUUUGGUACCUGAACCAUACGUCCUAUCCCUUAACCAUCCCCGCUGUCCUCCUCACCGAUACUGGUCCAUUCAGAGGUCACAUGCGCGAGUGUUACCAUGGCGCCUGUGAUGGACCGAUGGACCAGAAUACAAUGGACCUGGGCUUGCUAGAGAAGGUGACCCAGGCUCUGGUAUGGACCGUAGGAGACCUGGCCCGGGCAAGUUGUGGACCGCGGGGGAGACUGUCGGCACCUACUGUGUUCAAGUUAAUAUCUUCGCUGGACCAUCAAGAUGAGGGACUGUCACUUGGCCAUGUUCAAGACGCUAUGGAACUGCAACAUUUUCUUCAUAUCCUGCCCUCCAUGUCCGAGCAUCAGGAUCCCCCACCAGGUCCCUAAACACCCUCAGCAAUGUAGUGUUGCGAGGUCAAGUGUUCUGUUGUGACGUCAUGGAUUGUUUAAAGAAAAUAUUACAUGAAUUUUGUUUUUGUUAUUUAAUGGUGAAUUUAUUAUUGUAUGUGGUUGGUAUUGUUUGUUACAUUAUUAUUAACUUAUAUUUUUCUAUUAUUUUCUUGUUGAAAGAUAAUUAUCGUAAUAAUGGUCGAGGUUAAGGUGUUUGUUGUGUGGUGAACCCAUACCUACAUUGGUGAACCGCCUUGUAAGUACAGUAUAUGUAGUCUUAUACGAGUCAUAGGGGAAUAUUUACAAUAAAGUUUUAA